UCAACAAAGCAAAAGCGGAAUGCGUCUUCGUCUCGUGAUGGAAAAUAAAGGGAAGUAUUCACACUAAUAAAAUAAUUCGCAAACUGAAAACAAGUUGCAGUCAUUUAGAUCUGUGAAAGCUGGGGGAGAGACAGCUGCGGAAGGCAUUGAAUACUUCCUCCAAUUGUUGAAUUGAAACCGCGUACAUGUACAUGUUUGGGGUCCCCCUUUUUUCUUACCAAACUGACGACUGUGAGGACUUCUUCGUUUAAAAACUUAGUUAGCUGGGCAAAGGAAGGAGGACCGAGAAGGGAAUUCGCGGAAAUGUCCGAUACACACAAGGAAGCUAUGCUGGGUGGUGGUGGUAGCAGUAGUGGCAGCACCGUGACCAUACCACAGCCUACAACGACCGGCGACAACUACCCGUCGUAUCCAGGGAUGUCGACCGCAGGCAUCUCCUACCCAACGGCGCCCGGGACCAUCGGAACUGGAGUCCCCACGACGCACGUUCAGCUAGCUGCCGGUAGUGCGGGCCUUGUCCCGGUACCCCCUCAGGCAUGUCAGCAACAGUACCCGCAGUUGACUAGUGCCCAGAGGCCACGCAAAAGUUUAAUAGUUGCAUAUAUUUUGUGGACCUUAUUUGGAAUCUUCGGUGCGCAUCACUUCUACUUAAGAAGAUACUUUUUCGGGAUAAUUUACGCCAGUACACUUGGUCUUUUUGGCUGUGGAUGGGUCAUUGAUUUCUUCAGACUACCUUGUCUGGUGAAUGAGACAAACCAAGAACAAAAUGAUUUAUUAGUCCGUUAUGACGCCACCUUGACAACAAAUCAGAUAAACAACCGCUACUUCAUGAGAGAUAGGUCUCUGGCUGAUGCGUAUGUACUUUGGUUUCCGCUUGGCAUUUUUGGAUUUCAUCACUUUUACCUUGGACGAAUUGGCUUUGGAGUGAUCUAUUCCUUUACUCUUGGUCUGGGAGGUGUGGGCUGGUUGGUGGAUUUCUGCAGGAUCCCAAGUCUAGUUCAAGAAACUAAUGACAAGUUAAGAAGGCUCCGGAAUGGUGAAAUGGUUGAACGAACUCUUGAAUGCUCAGUUGCUGAUGCUUACCAGUUAGCCUUCCCAUUAGGUAUGCUUGGGUUGCAUCAUUUCUACAUGGGUCGAGUAGGCCAAGGUUUUGUGUAUCUCUUCACCCUUGGCCUCGGAGGUAUUGGUUGGUUGGUUGAUCUGAUACGACUGCCGUACCUUGUUGCGCGUCACAACAAGGAAGUACAGCAGCACCAAACCUGGUUGCGUCACCUUGACGAUGCUUACAUCUAUGCAGUCCCUUUUGGUAUCUUGGGAUUCCAUAGGUUUUAUCUCAAUGGGCCACUCAUGGGGUUGUUGUACUUCUUCACUGCAGGGUUGUUCCUUUUGGGAUGGCUCACUGAUUUGGUUCGUAUGCCUUGGCUCGUCAUGGCUGCCAAUGAGAAAGAAGCCAGGCGCCAAGAGCUUAUCGGUAACGAUCGUGUGUAUGUAUUUCAAGCUGCUGGUAAUCCUGUGCUGAUUCCCUCAAACUAUGGCGCUAUCUAUCCGCCAGUUCCCCCUGAACCCCCUGAACCCCCAUACCCAGCUCAACAGAACACGCACUAUGUUCCCUAUUAUAACUUCCCUAAUAACCAAUCUGACCAAAACUUUGCCAUGCCUCCUCCGGUUUCACCAAAUACAUGUCCACCUGAAAAUCCACCCCCUUAUAGCAUGGAUGCAUCCCAACAACCCGCAUGCCCGCCCUCCUACCAGCAGUCCUCAAAUCAAGCUUGCAAUCCAUCUGCCCCGUUAUUACAACCUGAACAAAAACCUCUAUGCUGAAGAAAACAAACCCAUUCAGUUUUGGAAGCAGAGUUUGUUUGUAAAUUUUCUGGUAUCUGGAAAUUAAAUUGUCAUUCAAAUAAAAACUGAUAAUAUUAUGAUCAUAAGUAACGGAUGGAUUUUAUAAAACAAAGAAAUAACUUAAAAUUUGUUUGUAAAAAUAUUAUCUGUGUGAUCUGUAAUAUAUCUAUUGAUAUGAUGUAUGAAGUAUCAGGUCACAAAUUUACAUACUUACAAUAACCAGCUUACUUUGUUAAGUAUCUCCAAAUCAAAGUUGUAUUGAGACUGUAGUGUCCUUCUGUCCUCAGUGAAAUUUUUCAGAUAAAAGUUUUGAGCCUCUUGAAUUUGUCUUGAAAAUUUAAGUGUCAGAUAAAAAGGUACAUGUAGACCUUAGUGUUUUUUGGAUUUAGGAACUUAAAGGAACAUAUUGCCUUGGAUCGGUCGAGUUGGUCUUUGAAAAGCGCUUAUAACCGUUUGUUAUA